AUGGAGGCAGGAGCACGUGCGUGCCGGCGUGUCCUCGAGGUGGGAGCACGAGUGUUCAAGCGUGGGCGCGGUCACGGGGUGGUGGCUUUGGACAACGAAGACGGCACUUGGAACGUGGAGUUUGAUGACGAUGGUGCCGAGGGUGAUUUCAAACCCGAGGACCUUGUGCUUGCAGACGAUCUGCGCUGGGCCCCUGCCGGUGCUUGCGUUGUUCCCUUUCCAUGGACAACACCUAAAGCUGAGGGUCACACUAGGUUCGUUUGCUUCAGUGACACUCAUGGCCUACACGACCUGAUCCCUCGUCAGCACAAGCCAGCCGCUGAUGUGCUCCUACAUGCAGGUGACUUCACAAACACAGGCGAGAUGGAGCAAGUGAGUAGCUUCGCCGAUUGGGUGGGAGCAUACCCUGCCAGGGACAAGGUAGUCAUUGCCGGAAAUCACGACAUUACGCUCCAUGAAGACUACUACAAGUCUCGUGGCGCUGCACGAUUUCAUCAACGAGGCGCAUAUGACUGCAGCAAGGUACGUCAGGUCCUCACUGGCUUCACAUACUUAGAGGAUGCUUCUGUGGAGAUAUGUGGCUACAAGAUCUACGGCACACCAUGGCAACCAGACUUCUGUGACUGGGCCUUUAACUUGCCCAGGGGAAAAGAGAUUCGCGAGAAAUGGGAGGCCAUCCCAGGUGAAACAGACAUCCUCCUGGUGCAUGGACCGCCUGCGGGUCAUGGGGAUCGUUGUCGCCAUGGCAGGGUCGGCUGCCAGGACCUCCUGGAGGAGGUGCAAAGACGGACUAUCUCAGUGGUGGUGGCUGGCCACCUUCACGAGGAUCAUGGGACCACCACUGACGAGGUUACGUUGUUUGUGAAUGCUUCGACCUGCACCUCCGAGUACAAUCCUACCCAGCGACCCAUUGUUUUCGACCUUCCCCCCCGGGAGCAGCUCCGAAGUGCCACUGAAACUGCCGCCCUGCGUCGCAUUGCUGGCGCUGGCGCUUGA